GCGGAGCGGCCGCGGUUGCCGGGGGCAGUUGGUUGAGGGCCGCGCCGCUUGCCCUCCCGUUCUGCCUCCCCUUCCCGCAGCGCGCUCGGGGGCACUCGGCGGAGAGAGAGAGAGAGAGAGAGAGAUAACAGGGGAGAGAGAAGGCGAGACGCACCGACCCGCCGGCGGCAUGAACCGGCCUCACCGCGGGGCUGCGGGCAGCCGGGGCCUGGGCACCAUGGAGUUCGGAGCAGAAUUUCGACGGUUUUCUCUGGAGAGAUCCAAACCUGGGAAGUUUGAGGAGUUCUAUGGAUUACUGCAGCACGUGCACAAGAUACCAAAUGUUGAUGUGCUGGUGGGAUAUACGGACAUUCAUGGAGACCUGCUGCCCAUCAAUAAUGAUGACAAUUAUCAUAAAGCAGUUUCCACGGCCAAUCCUCUACUAAGGAUUUUCAUUCAGAGAAAAGAAGAUGCAGACUACAGUGCCUUUGGUACGGAUACUAUGACAAGGAAGAAGAAUGUCUUAUCCAAUGUGUUACGUCCGGAUAAUCACAAGAAGAAACCGCACAUUGUCAUUAGCAUGCCACAAGACUUCAGACCAGUGUCUUCGAUUAUAGAUGUAGAUAUUCUUCCAGAAACCCAUCGCAGAGUACGACUUUACAAAUACGGAACUGACAAACCCCUUGGAUUCUAUAUACGAGAUGGCUCCAGUGUCAGAGUAACACCACAUGGAUUAGAGAAAGUUCCAGGGAUUUUCAUAUCUAGACUUGUCCCCGGAGGCCUGGCUCAAAGCACAGGCUUACUGGCUGUCAAUGAUGAAGUACUGGAGGUGAAUGGAAUAGAGGUUUCAGGAAAAAGCCUUGAUCAGGUUACAGACAUGAUGAUUGCAAACAGCCGUAACCUGAUCAUUACAGUAAGACCAGCAAACCAGAGAAAUAAUGUUGUGAGGAACAGUCGGACUUCUGGCAGCUCCGGUCAGUCUACUGAAUCCAGCCUUCCAAGUAGCACGCCAAAUAUUUUAGCAAAUUUCUUGCAAGGAGAAGAGGAGAGCGAUGAAGAGGACAUUAUUAUAGAAGAUAGUGGUGAGCCACAACAGAUUCCAAAAGCUGCACCUACCAGCGAAAGCCUAGAAUCGUUGACACAAAUUGAACUCCUUCAUGAGUCAACACAAAACGGAUUCCUUCCUUCCAGUGAGAUGAACUUGAAUCAUUCAGCAGGCAGCGUUAGCAUGGAAUAUGAAGUACAAGAUGCAGAGCAUAAGCCAUUAGAAGAAGAUGGAACGAUAAUAACACUAUGAAAUUACAUUGUGUACUUUGUAUUAAGUAAGGAUGCCAUAUAUGUUUUAAUUUGGCUUACUGUGUAAUACAUAUUAUACCUCUCCAUCUACCGAGCACUGCAGUUAGAUUAAAAGGAGGGAAAAAGGUAAAUACAAGAAGUUCAAAAUUAUGUAAGUUGACUAACUUCGGUUAAUUCUGCACUUCAAUGUAAAUACUUCACAAAGAUGGAAGCUAGUUGAUACAUGACUGAAACUGGAUGAAGAAAAUUUAAAUUGAAAAUGAAGGAUAGCCAAGAGAUGGCUGUGAACUUUCUUUUAAUAGUACUUUUUUUUUUUUUUAAAUGCAGCAUACUACUGGUUCUACACAAGUAAACUUCCAUUAUUGUGUGAGGUUGACUACCUAAUGUACUGUGGUUUCAUGUUCAUCUCAAGUGCUGCUUAUGUGUGAUGGAGCUGCUUUAGCCACUUCAUUCCUGUUCUGGACUGAUGUUUAGCUGGUAGAGCUGUUUGUGUGGCUCCGGGUGAGGAAACUGAAAAAUAAGCAGGAGGUGGGGCGGGAAGAGAUGUUCUUGGUUGGUCUAGUUGAGCAGCAGGGAUAGUUGGUUGAUAGUGGUCAGCAACUGGACAACAAUCAGGGUUUGAAGGUGGAGACUUCUGAAGUUGACUAUUCCUUUGUAAGUGAAUGUGCAACCACAGGCUCAUUAGUCAUGCACCUUUACUGUUUUUAAUGGCCAGGUAAGCUUACUCUUAAUGACUAUGAUUUUGAAAUUCAAAUGUGAAAGUCUUAAUGCUUAGGUAUCAAAGACCUGUUCUCAUUUUUAGUUUGCAAUGUUUAAGGAUAUAAUUUGAUUUCGUUGCUAAUCCCAGUAAAUGUCAAAGAAAUCGAAUGUAAAAAUGCUAUGGAAACAAAAUAACAUAAUCUAUGUCAAAAUUGCCAUCCUAGUAGAAGUUGUAAAGAUUUCUACUAGGACAGGUUUGUUGUAGUGGGUCUGACUUAUGUAAAAAGUGAUGUUCUUCAAACCUAAGCAAGUUAGAACAGCUUGAAUUAAACCCCUGGAUUAAAAAAAAAAAAGUUUUAAAUCAGAACAAGGUUUUAUAGAACCUGUUUGAGCCAUGUGUUAUUAAAUUAUUCAUUAUAAUGAACUGUAAAUGCUGACCUUUGUGUACCACUGGCUGGGUGU